AGCGCAGAGAGAAGCGGACGUUACGUCGCCGAUAAGCGCCUCGCCACCUUCCGCCAAGCAAAAGAGUGGAAAUCGCUCUUUAGGUUUUCCCCCACACAGAGGCCGUUGUCCGCUGUUACAGCAGGUCCAGCCAGCUCUACUCUGACAGAUUGCGCCUGGAACCCGUUUUCCAAAUGAGUGACGGGGAGUGUGACUUCUUCUGCUUUUUCCGCUGCUGCUGAGUGCGCUCCGUUGCGCCUCAGUCAGAAAGGAGGGGAGGGUUUCUCUCUCUCUACACACUGACUCGAAGUGGAAAAGAGGAGGGAGCGGAGCUUCAGUCAAACCAUUUCAGCUAGGGCUGGACCUUCUGAAAUCCGACAGGUAGGCGGCUCGUCUACCUGUCCGGGUGAUUGGCACAAUCGACUGAAUGUCUGUGGACAUGAACAGCCAGGCAUCGGACAGCAAUGAGGAAGACUUUGGGGUGAACUCUGAGGAAGAGCAGGAGGAAGACGAUGGAGGAGAGGAAGAGGAUCCGGGCGAUAUCGCAGACUAUUACGAUGGGGUGGCCAGUGACGUUGAGCAGCAGGGGGCGGAUUCCUCCGACCCAGAGGAGUACCAGUUUACCUGUCUGACCUACAAGGAGAGCCAGCGAGUGUUGACGGAGGAAGUGAACACCGUGGCUGCUGCCUUGCAGGUUUCACCGUCGGUAGCAAAACUGAUCCUGGUGCAUUUUCACUGGCAGGUUUCACAAAUACUGGACAGAUGUAAGUCCAGCUCUUCUCAGCUUUUGUCAGAUGCUCUGGUCCAGUCUAGCAGCGCAUGCAGAUUAGCCACUGCCGCCCAGUCCCUCCAGUGCGGUGUGUGUCUACAGGUUGUACGGAGAGACUCCCUGCUGGCUCUGCCCUGUCAGCACUCCUUCUGCAAAGCAUGCUGGGAGCAGCACUGCACCGUGCUAGUCAAAGACGGCAUGGGAGUGGGAAUCUCAUGUAUGGCUCAGGACUGUUCCCUGCGGAUGCCAGAAGACUUUGUCCUCCCGUUGCUGCCAGGAGAGGAGCUAAAGGACAAAUACAAACGCUACCUCUUCAGAGACUAUGUUGAGAGUCACUUCCAGUUGCAGUUGUGUCCAGGUGCAGACUGUCCCAUCGUCAUCAAGGUGCAGGAGCCCAGGCCGCGCAGAGUGCAGUGCAGCCGCUGCAGUGAAGUCUUCUGUUUCAAAUGCCGCCAGAUGUACCACGCGCCGACAGACUGCGCAACAAUUCGGAAAUGGCUGACUAAAUGCGCAGAUGACUCAGAGACGGCAAACUACAUCAGCGCACAUACUAAAGAUUGUCCGAAGUGCAAUAUCUGCAUCGAAAAGAACGGAGGGUGCAAUCACAUGCAAUGCUCCAAGUGCAAACACGAUUUCUGCUGGAUGUGUCUUGGGGACUGGAAGACUCAUGGCAGUGAAUACUACGAGUGCAGCCGAUACAAAGAAAACCCUGAUAUAGUCAACCAGAGCCAGCAAGCUCAGGCCAGGGAGGCACUCAAGAAAUACCUCUUCUAUUUUGAGAGGUGGGAGAACCACAAUAAGUCCCUGCAGUUAGAGGCUCAGACGUACCAGAGGAUCCAGGAGAAAAUCCAGGAGAGAGUAAUGAACAAUCUGGGAACUUGGAUCGACUGGCAGUACCUGCAUAACGCUGCAAAGCUACUGGCUAAGUGUCGCUACACGCUGCAGUACACCUACCCUUACGCCUAUUACAUGGAGUCUGGGCCGCGCAAAAAACUGUUUGAAUACCAGCAGGCGCAGCUGGAAGCAGAGAUAGAAAACCUGUCAUGGAAGGUGGAGCGGGCCGACAGCUACGAGAGAGGAGUGGUGGGAGGAGAGGUGGAGCUCAGCGCCAGCGACAGAGGGGAUCUGGAGAAUCAGAUGCACAUUGCUGAGCAGAGGCGACGCACGCUGCUGAAGGAUUUCCAUAAAACCUGAAGCUCCAUUCGCGACUGCAAAGCACCAGCGUCCUCCCUCCUUUUCUUUGUUCCUCGCCCUCCUACCUUUGCUUCCUUCCCCUAUCAGCCGUUGUUGCAGUCACACUUUCCCUCCCUUCCUCCCUCACUCUGCCUCCCCACACUGACUCAUUCGCUUCCUUCGCUCCGCCUUUCCCUCCUCUCACCGCCAUAACGCUGCAGGGUCACAGAAUGUCACACUUGCUUCACUCCCUUCCUUCUCAUUUCAUUCCCAUCUCCUUAGAUAUAUUUGACACAACGUCCUGUUGUGGUCACACUCGUUUCAACACAUCCGGUCUGAUCUCGUGGGUCACCGUUUGAGGUUUCGUGUCUGAAAACAGAGUAAAAUUGCUUUGACAUAAGCAACUACAAGCAAUGUGUUGCCUGCUGGAGAUUAGGCAAUCUUCCUGAGUAGUUUUUCCUCUUAUGGUGGGAUUAUCAUUUGAGAAGAGCAACUGAAGUAGAAGCUUGGGCUAUUGAGUAGAGGAGGAAUUGGUGGCAGAAUGAUCGUAUUGGUUUUUUUUUUAAGGCAGCAGUGCAACCAGUGGAUCUGUAUUUUGUGGUUUUUUUAUAUAAACCUGACUGAUAUACAGGCACCUGUUAAGUCUUGCACCUGUGAUAGUAAUUUGAUUUGGAAAUUUUAAGAAUGGAUAUCGUCUCAUGUGCUGCAAAAUAAGUCAUGGAAAUGAUUAAAAUAAUUCCUAAAAAUGUAUUUUCCUGGUUUACAUCAACUCAUACAACUGCUAAGUUGUAUAAGAAAGAUGCUUCCUACUUUUGUCUUUCUUUUUUUUUUUUUCUUUACAAACUGUUCUCAGCACCCUACUUAAUAUGCGUAACUUCAAACCAAAUUUAAAAGUAGUAAUAUUAAGGUCCAAAAGAGUUGAAUAAAAUGUAGGGAUUUAGACGGCAGCUACCUUGAGUUUUUGCCACCGAUGUUUACCUUUAUUAGGUGUUGCACCAUGACCUGACAGCAACACACGAGGUAAAACCGAGAUUUGACCUCCUUCCUUAAUGUCCAACAUUUAAAUGUAAUCUCAUUCGCAUUCGUCAUUCACAAGCGCUACAGCACCUCCCGGCGACAUUCAGAUGGCGCGCGCACGCCAACGCUCCCAUGUGCAAACACUCCACUAAAGAAACAGUAGCUGUUAAUUUGUUCCCCCUGUCCUCCUCCCCCCCACCGCUCCGUCUCAUGCUCUCUCUUCUUACUUUGUCAUCCCAACGUUUUAUUUUGCCGUUUUUUUUUUUUUGUUUUCCUUCAGCUCAUGUUGCUCACCUCUGAAAAAUGGCUGUUGAUAGUUAGAUCAUUUAAAAAAAGAAAUGGGUAAAAAAAAAAAAAGAAGAAGAAAAAAAAUACACAAAAAAAAUUUGCUGUAAUUUUCAACGGUUGUACAUUAAUACAGAAAUAGAGUUACUGAAAGUUUUUAAAACCGGA